ACUUUUGUCUGCAACUGUACUUGGCCUUCAGUUUCAUUGCAACUGAGAACUUGAAUUGACUUACGACGGAAAAUGACUCCAAAAUUUUCAACUAUUUCAAGCGUUCCUGACUUUUAUAGAGGCGCAAAUAUUUUAAUAACGGGCUCAACGGGAUUUCUGGGCCUCGUUUUGGUGGAAAAAUUAUUGAGCAGUUGUCCGGAUUUGAAUAAAAUUUACGCGAUUGUUCGUCCGAAACGCGGAAAAUCUGUGCAGGAACGAAAAAUAAUUUUUUCUGAAAGUGAGCUCUUCGUCAAUUUAUUGGCCAAAAAUCCGCAAAUUUUGGAUAAAUUGGAGUUAAUUGAGGGUGACAUGAGUUUACCACGGCUUGGAUUGUCAGAUACUGAUUGGGAAAAAUUGAAAUGUGUCUCAAUUUUUUUUCAUUCUGCUGCCUCCGUACGCUUUGAUGAGCCCUUAAAAGAAGCAAUUCUUGGUCACGUGCGUGGAACAAGGGAAUUAUUGGAAUUAGCAUCGAGUUGUAAGAACAUUAAAGCCUUUGUACAUGUUUCAACAGCUUAUUGCAAUAUGCAUAACGGAUCUUUGGAAGAAAUUAAGGAGCUUCGUGUGCAGGAAAAACUUUAUCCGGACAUUGAUGAUUGGAAAAAUGUCAUAAAAUUGGCUGAAAAUUUAGAUAAAGAGCUUUUGCAGCAUUUGACGCAGCACUUCACUAAAUUCUCAUUGAACAAUUAUUUGUACACGAAAGCAUUGUCGGAAAACGUUUCCAAGGCGUAUCAAGACAAAAUCCCGAUCGUCAUGUAUCGCCCCUCGAUCGUAAUUGCCAAAGCCAUCGGUCCAAUGAGAGGUUGGAUAAACAACUUGAACGGUCCUUAUGGAAUUUCGGUUGCAGUAUUGCUCGGAUUGUGUCGCGUAGUUUACGGAAACCCAUCUGUGGCAUGGGAUGUCGUUCCCGUGGAUGUAACUAUCAACGGUAUGAUCAUCAGUGCCGCUAAACGUCAUCUCGUCGACGACACUACCGUCGUUUACAAUUGCAGCUUUGAGAAAACUUCUUCUUUGGACGUCAUCAACUCCUCAAAGUACUUUGCACAUUUAUUGCCGUUCUCGGACAUGAUUUGGUGCCAAAGUGUCGACAUCACGCAAUGCAAAGUCAAUUACCGGCUAAAAUGUAUUUUGUUGCAUUUGCUUCCAGCAUACUUAAUUGACACAUUUUUAGUCUUUUCCGGCAAAAAACCGCGAUUACAAAAAGUCCAAAGGAAAAUUAAAGCCGCAAUGGAGGCAAUUCAUUAUUUUAUCACCCACACGUUCGAAAUUUGCAACUUUAACUAUAUGAACUUGAGCAAUUUUGUAAAUGACGCAGAUAAAAAGACGUUUGACAUCAGAAUCAUGGAAGAGAAGAAAAACAGACCGGAUUUCAAUAAAAAUGCCAUUGUUCACAUCCGAAAGUACUUGUUGAAGGAUCCAGACGAAACUCUUCCAGCAGCACGAAAAAAAUUUCAACGCAUCAAAUUUGCAGACAAAACUAUCAAAGCUGCGUUUUGGAGUGCCUGCGUUUAUUUUUAUUGCAUGUGGCUGGCAAACCUUUAAAUAGAAUUUUUAAUUAUUAUUAUUCAUUAAUUUUAAGGUGAAAAAACGUGUAAACAAGUGAAAACGGUGCAAGUGAUAUAAUAUAUGGAAAUUAUCGAUUG